GCGAGCUGGGCGUGCGCCCUUGCUUCUUGCCCUCAACUGGCAUGGCGGAUCCCGGGGCGCGUCGCGGGCAGGCCGGGUGAGGCGGGCGGUUCGGGCGCCCGCGCUGAGCGGCUCCGAGGGGCGGGAACCCGAGCGGCCCGUGCCAUCUGCCCUCAGUGAGGCGGGGCGCGCAGCGGACGCCCCCGGGCAGGGGCGGGAGCGGUGGAGGCGCGAGCGGCCGGCGCUGAAAGGGGCGGUGAGCGCGCCGCUCCGGGCUGUAGGCGAGGCUCGGCCUCCCGCGCCGAGACGGGGCGCAGCGGCGGCGGCGGCGGCCCUCGGGCCGGCUGGUGAGGCGAUGGCGGCGCCGGGCCCGGGGGCUGGGGCAGCCUCGGGCGGCGCUAGUGGUGGUGGCGGCGGCGGCGGUGGCGCCGGCGCGGGCUCGGGGUCCUCCGGGGUCGGCGGCCGGUUGCCCAGCCGGGUGCUGGAGUUGGUGUUCUCCUACCUGGAGCUGUCCGAGCUACGGAGCUGCGCCCUGGUUUGCAAGCACUGGUACCGCUGCCUCCACGGCGACGAGAACAGCGAGGUGUGGCGGAGCCUGUGCGCCCGCAGCCUAGCAGAAGAGGCUCUGCGCACGGACAUCCUCUGCAACCUGCCCAGCUACAAGGCCAAGGUGCGUGCCUUCCAGCACGCCUUCAGCACAAAUGACUGCUCCAGGAAUGUCUAUAUCAAGAAGAAUGGCUUUACAUUGCAUCGGAACCCCAUCGCUCAGAGCACCGACGGUGCAAGGACCAAGAUUGGUUUCAGUGAGGGCCGCCACGCCUGGGAAGUGUGGUGGGAGGGCCCUUUGGGCACGGUGGCAGUGAUCGGGAUUGCUACGAAACGGGCCCCUAUGCAGUGCCAGGGUUAUGUGGCCUUGCUGGGGAGUGACGACCAGAGCUGGGGCUGGAAUCUGGUGGACAAUAAUCUACUACAUAACGGGGAAGUCAACGGCAGCUUCCCACAGUGCAACAACGCACCCAAGUAUCAGAUAGGAGAGAGAAUCCGAGUCAUCCUGGACAUGGAGGAUAAGACUUUAGCUUUUGAGCGUGGGUAUGAGUUCCUGGGGGUUGCCUUUCGAGGACUUCCAAAAGCCUGCUUAUACCCAGCAGUCUCUGCAGUAUAUGGCAACACAGAAGUGACUUUGGUUUAUCUUGGAAAACCUUUGGAUGGAUGACAGUGGCUUUCUGGAAAGAAGAGUGGAGAAGAGAUCUACUUGUGGAAAGUAGAACCAUGAAGUGAUAGUAUCAUGUGUGCAUGCCCAAGAAACAUCCUGAAGACACAUGAAGUUGAGAACUGGAGAAGCCGAUCUACCACAGAAUGAGCAUAGCAUUUCCUCUUUCCACUGGGCCAGAAAAUCCUCAGGGCUGCAGUUGGUUGAGUGGGCAGUUGACAUAUGCAUGUUGCCGCAGAGUCUUCUCUAAGUUAGCAGUGUGUUACUUCCAGCUUAAAGGUGAGCGCGUAGAGAUGCCAUAGGAGGGAAUCGCAAGGGUUUAUGUAGUGUUGAUGGAGAAGGCUCGGUCCCAUCUUACAACUGCCUGUUCUUUCUCCAGUCCCUUUAUUUCUAGCCAGCUUGACUUAGAAAGUAUGAAACUGGCUGGGUUUUAUUUAAUAUUUUUAAUAUAUUGAGAAGCAUGGUCUGCCUGGACUGCACUUCUCUAGCAAUGAGAAAUAAAAUUGUGCAGCUAUUUUAAAAGUUGUAUAUAUAAUGUGUGUAAAAACUGUAAAAAAAA